UGAGCUCCGGAGAUGGUCUCUGAUGCUUGGCCUGCGUUAGGCACCUUUUGAGAGGUCGUCUACCUCAGGUCCUUCAACCAACUCAGUUUCAUUCCAUCUUCCUGCGUACUUAGGCACCUUGGGAGGUCUUACCAACUUACACGAGCUUUCAUUAGCAAAGUCCAUUGUCUCAUAUACCUAGUAGCUAACAUUAAUCAAGGCACAUUACCUAAACCUCGCCUCCUGACAAGACACUACUCACAUCCCAUCCCAACUCACAAUGCCUCCCAACAACAACGCGAUACCUCCCAGAAAGGAGGUCACAGGCCAGCCGGCCCUGCCUUUGGCCCGCGUGAAGAAGAUCAUUGGCACAGAUCCAGACAUUGGGAUCUGCUCAAACAACGCGGCUUUUGUAAUCACUCUGGCAACGGAAAUGUUCAUCCAGUACCUUGCCGCCGAGGGCCAUAACAUGGCAAAGGCAGAGCGCAAACCCCGUCGUAACGUUCAAUACAAAGACUUGUCAACCGCAGUCAACCACCACGACAACCUCGAGUUCCUCGAGGACGUCAUCCCCAAGACAGUCCCCUACAAACAAAUCAAGGACUCGGCCGCCGCCGCACGCCUCAACCCCAGGAAAGCCGACCAGGAGCCCAAGAAGCGGCAGUCGACCCUCAAAACCAAGGGCGCCGGCGCUUCCAGCGGCAACAGCAACAGCAACGGUAUCAAUGGCUCAGCCGCCACCGCCGCUUUGGAUCCAGUGACGGCUGUCAUUCACUCGGACGAUCCCAGCGCCCAGCUCGUCGCCGAGGCUCGUCGCGCGGCUGGUGACGAGGACGUUGACAUGACUGGAUAGGGAAAGUUCUAGUCCGUUCUUCUUCUCCGACACUUCCUUAUAGGGGCAGCCUGCUCCUCUUUUCUAAAGCUGAGUGCACAUCUGGAUGCUUGGCAGAUUGUUAUUUGCGGUUGUUUGUGCGGGAUAGGGGCAUC